UCUACACGAAGGAGAAGCAAAGAGAAGAGGAACAGACUGCAUCAUUGGGGCAAAGCUUUCUUAAAUAAACACGGAGGUGAUCCAUCUGUCUUGACAUGGCUCAGGAUUUCAAACCUGGUGAUCUGAUUUUUGCUAAAAUGAAGGGUUAUCCCCACUGGCCUGCAAGGAUUGACGAGGUUCCAUAUGGAGCUGUCAAACCAUCAAAUAUAAAGUUUCCUAUCUUCUUUUUUGGCACUCAUGAAACUGCAUUCUUGGGUUCAAAAGACAUCUUUCCCUAUUUGCCUAACAAAGACAAGUAUGGCAAACCUAACAAAAGGAAGGGUUUUAAUGAAGGCUUGUGGGAGAUUGAAAACAACCCUAAAGUGGAGCUUAACGGACAUAAGAUAAUGAAUGCUGGAGCAGGUUCUGUUAAGAACUUAAGCAGCAGUCAAGAGGGGAAUGAUGAGAAGAGGAGAAAGUCUGCUCAAGUGGCUGGCAGUGAGGAGGGCGAGGAGGAGGAGAAGGAGAAGGAUGAUUGUGGUGACAUGGAGGUUUCUGAUCAGGGACAUAUGAAAGAUGAAGACCCAUCACAUAAAGAUACCACAAAUGUCUCUGCCAAAGAUAAAAGAGGAAGGAAGAGAAAGAUUGAAGCUGAACUAGACUCUGAUACAGAAAACUCAAGCCCCACUUCAAGUGCUCCUGGGUUAGAUUUAUUAUCAGCAGGUGGAGCAGUUCCAUUACUAAAGCGCAGAGGAAGGAAACCUAAAAUGGAGAAAUCACUACUGCUGCAGCAACAGGCUUCAAAGGAGCCACUGAGGAUAGGAAAAGAUGGAAAGCGAGAUGACAGAAAAGGAGACAAGAGAAAGGACGUUUCUGCAGAGUCCAGACUGCAGAAGUUGCACGGGGAUAUUAAAACAUCUUUGAAGAUUGAUAACCUUGAUGUGAGGAAAUGUUUAGUUGCAUUGGAUGAGUUGAGCUCAUUGCAUGUGACUACUCAACAACUUCAGAGACACUGUGAACUCAUAGCUACUCUUAAAAAGAUCCGCAGGUUCAAAGCCAGCCAGGAUGUGAUGGACAAAUCCACGAUGCUUUAUAAUAAGUUUAAAAGCAUGUUUUUAAUGGGAGAAGGAGAGUCAGUGCUCAGUCAAGUACUCAAUAAAAGUCAGAGACAGUCAGAGAAAAAACAGAGACAGAUUGAAGAGGCCAAGAGGGGAGUGCUAAAAAACACAGAACAGACCAAAGAGCAGAAAGAUACCAAGAUUUUGAAUGGAGAAUUCAACCCUGAAGAUGAUGCUGAGACAGCAAAGGACAGAUCAGGAGAGAAUAUCUUAUCAGUGCUGAAAAACAAUGUGACUAAUCCUUCAGAGGAGUCUGUCUGAAGAUGUUUGUUAACCGAAGAACCACCAGUCUCAGCUGCCCAGUGGAAGAUAAUUUCCAUAUUGCCAGCAUCGUACUUAUUUUUGCCCACUCAUCACAUUAGUGAUUUUAAUCUCAAUACAUUUUAGUGAUGUUUACAAUACCUACUUAGUAGCAUAAUUGUGUUCAAUUUAAUUUUUAGCUUUAUUCUGCUGUUCCAUCUUUAAAAUUGUCUCCCAAGUUUAUUUGAAUACAAUCAAGUUUAGUUGA